AAAAAGAAAGAUUCUGGGUGUGUGCUUCCCGAAGAGAGUGUAUUAUAUUCUGAUGGAAGUAUUGUAUUUCCUGAUGGAAAAGAACUCCCUGCUGAGUGUGUUGUGCUUCCUGAAGGGAGAGAUUCUGUAAACAACAUUUUCACACAACAUGUGACACAAAACCUUGAUAUCUUAAAACAUAAGGAAAAACUGAAUCCAAAAGAAAGAGCUACUGUUCGAUAUUGUAUGUCAAAAAUCAUUGGCCUUUCAACACAUAUGAAAGAAUGGUUCACCAUUCAAGACCGCCAAUACAUCAUAAAAAAGUGUGAGCCGAUUUUAAUAAUCCCCGAAUUAGGAGAAGAAGUGGACAUGUUUAUUAAUAAUGUAGAACAG